CAAUUCGUCUGGGCGCUAAACAUUAAAUUUUUUUCUUAUCUUUAGUAGUUAACGCACCGUCUUUUACGUGAAUUACCAUUUUUAAAUUUUUAAUAUUGACUCUAUAUUAUUAUUAAUAGGUAGAAGUAUUGUAAUUUUUUUAAAAAUCUUUACAAAUUUUUAUGGCUGUAAUAACGAAAUUUAAGAUGUUUGUUGAUAUAAAGAACAUACAUUGCUAUUGAUAUUUGCUAUAAAUGAGAGUUAAAAAUCGUAAAAUGUCUAGAAGAAGUUUUAGUUCAGUUCUAACUGAUAAGAAUCAAAAUGAAUAUGCAAAUCAAGAAAGACAUUCUAUGGAUUCGGAUUCUUUAGCAGAAAUGGAUGUCUUAUUAGUUAGUCAAGAUCAUUUUAAAGAUGUUGAAAUUGAAAGUACCUCUAUGUUAAUGUGCAAAUCUAGAAAACAUAGUUCUGAGUUUGAAAGGGAAAAUUUUUAUCUUAAAGAACCUCAAUCUGAAAAGGCAAAAUUUGGAAAUGUUAGAGAUGACGCCGUUUUAUUUAGAAGACAUCAAUCACCUCAACCUACUGGUAUAGAUUAUUUUUCGGUGCUCUCUGACGAAAUUAUAUUGCACAUUUUUAAGCUGUUACCUAAACCAGUUUUGGUAAAAUGUUCUUCUGUGUGUAAACGUUGGCAAGAAUUAAGCUAUGAUGAGACUUUAUGGAAAAGACAUGACUUUGGAAGAAAGGUUGUAAGGUCAGGGACUUUGGAAAUACUCUUGAAACGAAGAGUUUUAGUUUUGAGACUAGCAAUGGCAGAGAUUCGUCCUCCUGUAUUUACUGAUGCUUACCUUAAUAUUUAUCCUUGGCGAUGCAAUCUCCAAUACUUAGAUUUGAGCAUGGCAAUGGUUUCAACACAGUGUUUAUCUGAUUUACUUUCAAAAUGCUGCUCCUUGAAAAAAUUGAGUGUUGAACACUGCACUUUGAAUGAAGAAUGUUGCAUUAGCAUUGCUGAAAACAAUGAACUUGAAACGUUAAAUACAACUAUGUGUGAAGGUUUUACACCCGCUGGCUUGCAAGCAAUUAGUCUCUGCUGUAAAAAUUUGAAAGAAUGGAGUUUAGCUUGGACAAAACUUAGUGAGGAUUGCAUGGAUGCUUUUUUGCAUUGCUUACCAACAAAUUUACAGCGAUUCAACAUAAGUGGUCACAGAGAAACUCUAACUGAUGCUGCUCUGAUCAAAGUUGUUAAAAGGUGCCGUAAUUUAAAGGAAUUAGAUAUAAGUGACUGCUCACUACUUAGUCAUAUUUCAUUUGAGGUCUUAGUCAAGUAUUGCCAACACCUGCAGCAUCUUCAUACUAGUCGUUCUUAUAACAUUCCCACAGAAUCAAAUAGACUUCUCAAAAGUUUAAAGCAGUUCAAAAAUUUAGAAAUUUUUCAAACACUUACUGAUGGAGCUUUAGCUGCUUUACGGGCAUAUUUACCUAACAUUGCAAUAAAUAAACAUAUGUUUUCAACCAUCGCAAGACCAACAGUUGGAAUCAGGAGAUCAAGUGUUUGGGAAAUUCCAACAAGAGACUAGUGACAGUGACUGUUUGUAUGCGCAAUUGUACAGUCAUUUAUUGAAUGGAGGUGCUGUUUCAUAAUAGUUUACAAUUGAAAAGUUAGUCUGUACAUCAGUUUUCCUAUUUGAAAUUCAAGUCAUAUUUUGUAUCAAGUCAUUUUUUAAAUCAUAUUUUUAAAGUCAUUUCUCAUAUAAAUAUUUAUAAUAUAAAAACUAAAUGUGCCUUAAAUAUCUGUGAUAGUUUAAUAACUGUCUGUUUGCUCAAUUUCAAAACUGCCUUUUUUUUCCCCCUUUCAGUAUAUAUAUAUUUUUUUACUUAUCCGACUUAAUGUUUUAAGAAUUUUUUAUUUUCAUCUUGGCUUUGUGUUUAAGGCAGAACGUCACUAUAUUUGUAUCUGAUUCCACUUCAAGUACUAAAAAUAAUAUUCUAGUAAGGUAUGAUAAAAUUAUUAAAAUAUUAAUUAAGGUUGACUCCAGCACAUGUUAGUCAUAUUUUGUAGCAACUUAGUGUAUUUUUAUUUUUGUUUAGUACUUAUGUAUUUCUGUUAGUUGGUAAGGAUUAUCAAUCCAUUGUUUAACAUUAAGAGAGCUUUUUACGAACUACUUUAACUAGAGAAAACUUUAAAAACCAAAAUUUCAAUCUUGGUUCACUACUAGUAUUGAAUUAGAACAAAAACAAACCACCCUUUCUAUUAUAGUAAACUAUACAACUACUUACUAUUAUAAAUUAUACUACUACCAAUGCCACCAGCCUCUUUGAAUUUAUGUACAAUUUUUGUACAAUAUAUUGUAAGUAUCCAUAAGAAUCAGGUUUUUUUUUUUAACUCAAAUAAUUUGAUAGACAUCAGAAUUUCAAAUAACUGAGUAAUAUCUUAAGACGUUUGUUUAAUUCAAUUAUCUGUUUGAAGAGUUUGUUUGAAUUUUGGUGGCAGAUCAAUAAAAGUGAAUUAUUAUAGCAAUUCAAAAAUUUUAAAUUUUUAUCUUUUUCAGAUUAAAGUUUCAAUGACUUAAGUUACAUAAAUAUUUUAUAGUAAAGUUUGCAUAUUUUAUUGUUUUAUAGCCUUUUGUAUCUUAUUUAUAUAAAGUUAAGUCAUAAGUACUUAAUUACUUAUUCUUAUACACACCUUUCUCACAAAAAUAAAUAGUGUAUUUCCAUUAGUAAUUUUGUCUACCCCUGUCUUGUUGCAUUUUAAAAUAAGACUUUUAGUUUGUAUUGUGCUGUAUGUUUCUCAGUAAUUUUAUUAGAUGAAAAUUGAUAAAUUAUUUUACAGUAUCUUUGUUGUGGUCACGUAGUUGUGUUUUAAAAUUCAUUGCUGUGAUUAACAUCAUAAUUUCAUAUUUACAUUGUUAAUGUGCAAAGACCUGGCGACUGAAUUAAUUAAUUCAAAUAAUAUAUCUAAUUCAAUUCGGAAAUAAUUCAAAUUUAAAAACUUUUAGCUCUAUUAUUCAGUAUUUAUUUUUUUUAAAUUGAUGAUUAAAUUAUUUUAUAAUUAAAGAUUGCAGGGGUAUUGUGCGCUGAUUAUGAGACUCUAUUUUUUAAGAAAAAUGUUUUAUUCUAGUUCAUGUAAAAGAAGCUAACUUUGUAGUUUUUCUGCAAAUUUAUUGUAUUAUUAAUUUUCUAAAGUUUUCUGAAUUUUAAACAAUUUAAAAAAAAUAUUUCGACCGAAAUGUUCAUUUUAUAAGUAAAUAGAUAUUGUUUUUAAAAAUUUAAAAUAAACUGUUAAAAUGUGUAUAAAAACAAGAAGAAAAAAAACUUAUGUUCCACAUAAGGUUUUGAUUCAAUACUUCUGGUGAAAUGAUACAAAUAUCAAAACGAAGUUUUUUAAAUAGGCUUGUAUAAAGUAUGUUUGGGGAGAGCUGAGGGGGGGAAAACCUUUACCUUUAAAGUGAAAAAUAUUAAUAUUAAGCAAUGACCAUUGAAAUUUUUAUUAUACUGAUAAAAAGGCCACUCCCUUUACCUUUAAAGUGAUAAAUAUUGUAAUAUAAAGCAAUGACCAUUGACAUUUUAUAUUAUACUGAUAAAAAGGCCACUCCCUUUACCUUUAAAGUGAUAAAUAUUAUAAUAUAAAGCAAUGACCAUUGAAAGUUUAAUUAUACUGAUAAAAAGGCCACUCCCUUUAAUUUUUAAGUGAAAAAUAUUGUAACUUGGUUAGCAAUGAACUGAUGUUUAUAGAACAAAUGGUAUCUAAAAAUUUAUUUAAAAGACUAAAACUGGUUUUUUUUUUUUUUUUUUUGAGAAUUUGAUUAAAAAGCAGCUGAGUUAAUGACAAUGAUUUUAUUAAUGAUUAUCGUUGUAUACUUAAUUAGAUAUUGAAAUUAAAAUAAUUGUGUGAAUAAAACAUAGGAUGGGUAAGCAAAUUUCAAAUUCUAGCUAUAAUCAUUAUAAAAAAUUUCCAAUCUUAUUUUUAGAAUCUGUAUUAUUGUAUUUGUAUUAAACUUAAAAUGUACCUAAAUAUACUUGAGUGUAAGUUCUUUUGGUAAAUUUUUAAAAGGAUCAAAUGAUAGUUUAGGGAAAGAUGAAAUGUGAAAAAUAUUCUCACUUCAUUUCCCUCUUUAAAUAUUUACCUCAACAUCCAACAUUCCUUUUUUCAACCUCAUCUUUACUUUUUUUUCUUUUCUUCAAAAAACGAAAUUUAUCGAUAUAUAUAUAUGUAAGUACUUAUAAUCAUUUAUGUUUUUAUUGGUUGAUUAUAAAAAUACUGUAACAAAUACCUUGCAUAUUAGAAAGUUUUCAGGUCUUUGUAUAUUUGAAAUAUUGUAUUUGUUUGAUUAAUUCAAUUUCUGUAUUAAAUGUUAACUAUUUUUAAUAAAGUAAUCUGUGAUAAGUGUACUCUUUCAACAGUUAGCUAACUAAACUAUGUGAAUAAUAAAUAAAUAGUAAAAUUUCACUAAAUUCUCCCAUAGAUGAAACUAUAUUCUUAAGGGAAUUUUUAAUGUGUGCGAUUUAUUUAGGUAUUACUAUAAAAACUUGCAUUAAUUUCUUCUAUCAGGAGGUUUUUACUUCUGCAUCAAGAUGUGUAUUAUAAUAAAUCCCUUUAUUUUUCUUGCAUAAAAUUUAUAUCUUAAAUGCAGUGUUAACUUAUAUUUUAUUUGAAUUAUUUCUUUUUUUUAAUGUUUAAAUCUUUUGCACGGUUAUGAUUCUGCACUGAUACAGAAGCUUUUAAAAUUGUUUAUAAAUGAAUAUUAUUUUAUAUUUCUUAUUCUUACAUGACUGUUUUUAUCUGGAUAAAGGCUAUUGAAGGUUAUUUUAAAAUUCCAUUUUGUGUAAAGCUUAUAUGUAUUUCGUUGUGUAGUUUUUUUUUUCUUUAUUAUUUGUCCAUUUUACUGUUCUCUUUAAUAUUUAUUUCAUUUAUGUUUGCCAGUAUGUGUUCAUUACUUAUAUUAGGUGCCAGUUAUGAUAAAAAUUCACGUGCCUUAUGAAUAACUGCCUUAAUAAAUAUGAAGUAGUGAUUUUUUAAUAUUUUUUUUAAUAAAAUGGUUUUCUUGUAAA